UUUUGUGUAGACUAAUUACAAACACAAUUAGCUUUAGAUGUUUGUAGCCAAUACCAGUCUAGAGCAGACGUUACCUAGCGUCCUUUCUCUGUGUAGCAAUAAUUAUUGUGCAUGUGACAAUGAACGGUCGCCGUGAUGCUGCUGUUUACCGUCUGGCUGUUCUCGGAGCGACUAGGGUGGGCAAGAGUUCACUCAUCCGUCAAUGGAUUUUUCAUGAAUUCAGCCGGGAGCACGUUCCUACAGUAGAAGAGCGUCACCGACAUAGUUUCAAGUGCGGAGAGAGUGGUAUACUCUCUAGCCUAGUUGUCAUCGACACAGGAGGAGAUCAGCAGUUUCCUGCCAUGCAGCAGCUCUACAUGAAAGAAGCUCAAGUUUUCUUACUGGUUUUCUCUGUUGACAGCAGAGCAUCGCUAGAGGAAGCGGGCAAACUGCGAGACAAAAUCAUUGCGGCCAGAGGUGGACAAAGCCACUCUCCCGUCAUUCUUGUGGCAAGCAAGGUAGAUUUGCCUUGUAGCAAGUGGGAGAUAAGUGACGACGAGAUUUCUGAUGUGUCAGUGGAGUGGGAUUGUCCACUAGUUCUGGCGUCAGCAAAGAAGAACCUACGAGUAGACGACAUGUUUGGCACAGCUCUAAAACUAUGCAAAGAGUAUGUUGGGUGUCCAUCUAUGAAUGAUAAAAAAGACAACGAAAAGAAAUGGAAAUCAAAGAACAAGUCAAACUGUUCACUAAUGUGAAUGUCCAGAAUAUUGCACUAGACCUAGAUAGUAGAAAUUCCUAUUUUUAUUUAAUUAAUUGAGCAGACUGAAUUAGCAAAAUCAUAGUUACUGACUAUAAAUGACUUUGUUUCUAGAAAGUACAGUACGCAGUGUAUUUAGCUAUUACAGAGGUAAUUUAAUUAACCUUGG